AUGGCCAACAGUCUAUCCAUAUUCUUUCUUUUUAUUCCCCUCAUUUGCGCCGCUCAUACAGAAUUGGGAUUGAGACGGGUAUUAUCAAGUAAGCCGUCGGGCAAGUCCGCAUGGCUGUCACCACCGUACAAUUACAUCUUUCAAUUUCCUCUCCCUGUACCGCCAGUUAUCGAUCCACUACUAUCCUAUAUAGAUCCCGAAAACAACGUAACCAUCGACUUUUUCCAACUCAACAUCACGUCAUUCCAGGCUCAGAUAUAUCCAAAUCUUGCCAAAACGGGCCUCGUAGGAUAUAACGGAAUAUCUCCAGGGCCAACCUUUAGAGUGCAACGCGGAAGACAAAGUGUAAUACGUGUUGUAAAUCACAAUGAUCAACCGGCUGUACUGCAUCUUCAUGGAUCGUACUCGCGCGCAGUCUGGGACGGCUGGGCAGAAGAUUUGAUCCAACCGGGCCAGUACAAAGAUUAUUACUAUCCAAACUCAAAUACUGCUAGAACUCUCUGGUACCACGAUGAAGAAGAUCACGCGAAUAUGAUUACCUCGGUCAAUUUGUUUAGCGGUCUGGCCGGCUUCUACAUCAUCGAAGAUGCCGAGGUGGAGGCAAAACUUGGCCUUCCUCAAGGCAAAUACGAUAUCCCCCUUGCUCUCAAUUCAAAACAAUAUACUUCUACUGGAAAUCUCACUUCAGUAGCCAGCGAAACCGACGGCGUCUAUGGCGAUAUUAUCGAAGUCAAUGGACAGCCUUGGCCUUUUUUAUCGGUCGAGCCCCGAAAAUACCGAUUUCGUGUAUUAAAUUCGUCUCUCAGUCGAACGUUAAAUCUAACUGUUAUGGAUAAUAGCAGUGGAAACGCACUGCCGCUUCAAAUUGUCGCAUCGGACUCUGGAUUCAUGAGUGCGUCUGUAACAACCAGCAACCUAAUGAUAGCGGUGGCGGAGAGGUGGGAAGUGGUCAUUGACUUUUCAGGUUACGAAAAUCGCAACUUGACCGUUAUGAAUGAAGGCAAAAUUUUUGAUUCUAUUGAUUUCGCGGAUACUGAUCUUGUGAUGCAAUUCAAUGUGGGAUCUACCGUUUCUUCCGACAUCAAUAACGGCCCGCCCCCUUCAUCUUUGGUCUCAAUAGAUGCUCCACCGACUGGUAAUCUUAUUAAUCGACAGUUCAAAUUUGACAAAAAGAACGGUGAGUGGGUGAUAAAUGGUGUACCCUUCACCGAUGUCAAGAACAGAGUUCUUGCAGCACCUCAAAAAGGCGCCUCAGAGAUGUGGGUAUUGGAGAAUCAGAAUCCUUAUUGGAGCCAUCCAAUUCACAUCCACUUGGUCGAUUUCCGGAUUAUAUCUCGUGCAAACGGACGAAACACAGUCGCACCGUACGAAAAGGUCGCCCUUAAAGAUGUCGUCUUGCUCGGCCCAAAAGAAACAGUUACAAUAGCUGUUACGUUUGCUCCAUUUAUUGGCCUGUACAUGUUUCACUGCCACAACGCCAUCCAUGAAGAUCAUGCCAUGAUGGAUGCAUUCAAUAUCACGGCUAUCCAGGGAUUGGGCUACAAUAUCUUGGAUCUCAUGCUUGCAGAUCCACUAAACGCCACAUGGCGCGCAAAGGAAUACACAAACUCAGAUGCUCAGGCAAACUUGACUAGCAUUUUGGCAGCUUUUGCAGCGACCGAGGCGUAUAAUAAUGCAUCAACAAAAGCAACCAAAAAUUCAGGGGAUAAAUUGGCACAAAUUCCAUUGAUAUCAUUAUAUGUACUGACUUUUGUAAUUUAUAUGUCACUUUAAAUUUUAUAAGAUGAAUAUUUCACCAUUCACAAUUAUCUUCU